AUUUUAAUACCAUGAAAAGUAUCAUCAAACAGUUAUAUAUUAUUGAUUUAACUCUCAGUUAAUACGUCACAUACUGAAAUGAAUAAACCAAUUCAUCGACCUGUUCAAUCCCUCUUUUCGACAUCCAGCGGAUUUAACAACUUUCGUGGUCUGUUAAAUCUGGCUGCCUUUAUACUUGUCAUCUCAACAUCUAGAAUGGCAUUAGAAAACAUUAUCAAAUAUGGAAUCAUCAUGGAUCCAUUUUCAUGGAUUCGUUUUCUUUUACAAGCUCAACAGAAAUGUGCGGUAAUUGGGUUAUUUGGUUGUACUAAUGUUUUUAUUAUAUUCGCUUGGUUAGUUGAACGUGCAACUGUUCGUGGUUUAGUUGGUGGUAAAUUUGCAAUGGUGCUUAUUGGUUGGAAUUUAUUUUGCCUGCUCACCUUCCCGACCAUCAUGAUCUUAUCAAUGGAUUUUAGUCCUUUGUUUAGCGCUCCUGUGCUUGGAGUGUACACUAUUGUUUUUCUGAAACUAUUUUCGUAUGCUGCUGUUAAUCGGUGGUGUCGCGAAUCAGAUGAAGACGGGGAUUGCAAUGUAGAUGUGGUUUUGGGUGUAUUGGGAAAGUCGAUACCGAAAUCAGCUCCCACUCAUAAUGCCCAUAUCAGCAAACCUGAGAAUUUGAAUCCAAAACCUAUUAACAAUAAUGUUAAUUCUCAUCAAUUCGAUGAUUAUUCUGAGACGAUUAAUAAAUACAAUUCAGUCAAUGAAUCUUCGGAAGAAAAUCAUGUAUUCAAGCGAAAAUGUUCUCUAGUGUUAGAGCAUCCAGAUAUUAACUUUCAAGAAAAUGGAGUGAAUACUAACGCAGAGAGCAAAACCAAUGACUUGCGAUUAGAAAAUGAAAACAACUCUGAAGUCACACAUGAAGCUACCCGAAAUAGAAAAAAUAAAAUUCCAAAUUUUUCUCCGAAUUCGAUGACUUCGGAAAAUAAUGCAAAAUCAACAAAGCAUCUUAGCCAAUUACAUAUGAAACAUAAAAGUCAAUUUAGAAAAUCUCAACAUUCAAGGCUUAGUGUAUGUGAAAGCAAGGAUUACAAUAGUAUUAGCUCAGACCCAGUUGAAUUAGAAGUAAAUGUAUUGGUACACGAUGAAACUUGCAUGAAAUUUAGUCGUAAUUUAUACGUUACUUAUCCAAAUAACUUGACACUAUGGGACAUAUACUAUUUCAUCCUUUCACCAACAUUGUGCUACGAAUUAAACUUCCCGCGCACAAUGACAAUAAGGAAACAGUUUCUGUUCAAACGUGUCUUCGAAUUGAUAUUCAUUCCCCAACUUAUACUCUGCUUGAUUCAACAAUGGAUUUUACCUAUACUGUCAAACAGUUACGUCCCAUUCACAGAAUCAAGAUUUAGCUUGAUUGUUGAACGUUGUUUGAAAUUGGCCAUACCAAAUCAUCUCAUAUGGUUACUGUUUUUCUACCUUGCAUUUCAUUCCCUAUUAAAUGUAAUUGGAGAGGUUUUAUACUUUGGUGAUCGAUUCUUUUACAGCGAUUGGUGGAAUGCGGAAUCUGUGCCAGCGUUUUGGUCAAAAUGGAAUAUUCCUGUCCAUCGUUUUGCUAGACGGCAUAUAUACAUACCCCUUUUACGGUCAGGGUUCAGCCGCUUCCAAGCUGGUUUAGUUGUUUUCAUGAUUAGUGCAUUUUUUCAUGAAAUACUUGUUUCGAUUCCAUUGAAAAUGCUACGAUUCUGGGCCUUCUUUGGUAUGCUAAGUCAAGUACCAUAUGCCUACAUAGUUUCACGCUUAUUCCCUAAUGGUGGUCAAGGUGGUAACUUAGCUGUGUGGCUUACGUUAAUAAUUGGUCAACCAUUAGCUAUUCUCGCUUAUUUCCAUGACUAUUUUAUAAUACAUUAUAAUGUUGGUGGAAUAUAAACAGCUAUAGUCAAUAAGUGAGUAAACGAGAUUUUUUAUUGUUUGGUUUUUCGUGAUAUCAUUUCCUUACUCGUUGCACAGUGAAGAUUUAUCGAUUUAAUUAGAUAUUUACACUUACCUAAUAUUUUCUUUAUCAAUAUUGUUUUUCUGAUUAUUAAUUAAUGAGAUAGUCAUUUUUAAUGUUGAGUAGUUUGUCGAUUGAUAACUGUUAACUUCAUAAAAGUGAUUGCCUGGAUAUUGAUUAUCCUCUCUGUGCAAUUAGGCUUUCUUGCCUAACUUUUUUUUGCUUAUCAUUUCUUCUGAUCCUCGCUGUUUUCUUUAUUCUUCUUUACAAGUAUUACUAAAGCAACGAAGAAGUCUUGUUAUUAAUCUAAUUUUUUUCCUCUAUUCUCAUCAUUGUAAUUUGAUUUCCAUUUCAACUGAAUUCUUACUUUUAAUGUAAUUACGAUCAUAUUGUCGGUCCAGUGUGUUUAAUUGAUUCGCCAUCUGUAUAAUUGUUAACUAUUUAUAAAUAUGUGCAAGAUUUUGUUAGACAUAAUAUCCAGUUUCAUUCUUAACACAUUAAAGUUUGUGAACAAAAAGUUCAUAUUUGUAGGUUGAAUUCAUGGCAUCAAUGCCUUCAGAUACGAAAGAUAAAGAAGUAAAAACGUUUUUCAUUCCAUUUGGAACUAUCUGAAAUGCUUGUAAGAACUUUCGUCUUAAUUCGAAUGGACAGUUUCAGAGUAAUUGGGUCCCUAGUUAAUGUGAGACAUUAAAAAGGAAAUCAUAUAAAAAUUCUCAUUGAUUAAAGUUAAAAUAAAUCCAAAUGUUUCGCUCGACAUUCUAGUUCAUGCUUUUUCAAGGGGAAUAAUCAAACAUCAAAAUGAUCGAACAUUAAUAUAUGAUUCUUGAAUUAACUGUGUACUAAAUAAAUCCUCCAGUCAUGUUAACAAUUCUGAAUGGGGAAUUUGUUGUAGUGCUGGUAUGAGUCAUUUAGUGUGUGAAGGGAAAUCUUGAUAAGAUAAGAAGUGUAGUUGUAUGUAAACAUGAUGGGAAAGAAUUAAUUGGGUAUAUAUUGCAUCAGGGUGUGAAUUUAUUUAUCCGUCUUUUAUUCUUGGAUAAAAGUAUGAUAUCAGGGAUUUUCGGACAUUUUUCGUCCUUUUGGUGAGAUUAUUGAUGUAUGUAACAUCAUAAUUUCACUGGGGAUUUUUUGUUCAUCGUUUAAAGCUAUUUGCAUGUGCCCUCCUAUGAACUCGUCUCUGUAGCGCACCCAAGCUUGACGAUGAAUGAAGCAAGAAAACUGAGAGUUCGAGCUUGAAAUGAGAUUUUUAGUGCAAUUCUCCUCUUAUUUGUGGCACUCGACCACUAACUUCCAUGGAAGAUCUCUGAAAAUGCUUAAUACCACACACAUAUUGAGAAUUUUAAAAAAUCCAUGCCCUACAAAUUCACAGACAGGUAUUCUCUCUCGACUUCAAGUGACAGUUGUUGAUAAAACUGGGCAAUCCGACAGAUAUUAUAGUGAAUAGACUUUAUCAUAGCAAAUAUAGAAUGAAAAUAAACAAACAAAUAAUUAUAAAUCGUUGUCCUAAACUAGCUAGUUGUUUAUCGCAUCUCCAAAAAAUUAACUGAAUACAACAAAUUAGAAGUAGUAAUGUGAAAUACAAAUUGAUUAAAUAUUACCUGCUAUGGCACAGCUAAUUUUAUGCCAUCCCUAAUUCAUAUUGUUUGGGUUCACCCACAUAUGUAGGACUUCAACUGUCAAUCUUUCUUUUUACGAACUAAAACCGUUUUGAAAGAUUCCUAUUCCGUUGAAGUCAACUGUAUGUUCAGAUUGUAUUGAAUGUAUCGCCGACUUGUUUUAUAGUUAUUUUGAAGUCUUCUGAUGAGUUGGGAAUAUGCUUCAAGUAAAUCUUGCUCUUUGUUCGUCGAGAGUAAAAUUGUGUUAAUGUUAUUGUAAAGUUUAAUAACGUUCUAUUUUCAGUUCUUACCAUUUGUUCAAAUUUUGAAGCUAAUUAAAACUUAACAAUUCGCUCACUUCUAUUUUGACAUGUUUUGCAGACUCUAAUUUACAAAUACAUCCUAAUUAGUUACAUUGGUUUAUGUAUAAUAUUGAUGAACACCUCAGUAGUAGUUAAAUAUAUGCCAUAAAAUCUGUUCAUACAUAUCGAACAUUCAAAUUAAUGCAUUCUACAUUCGACCUUUCAUAAAACCAAAUAUUCGUUCCUAAUAUUUCACAAGUACGGAAACUGAUUCUCUUGUUAUUUAUUUUUGCAGAAAAUGA